AUGAAGGAGCUAGAGGGAAUCAGGGAACACUCGGAGGAUUCCGGGUUGUCUCGAAGUGAUUCCAGAGGCAACGGGUAUGCUAUGGUAAAAUACAGAAAAGCCCCUUCACGAGGAAGAAGGAGCAGAAGCAGAAGUCCAAUCCCAAGGCGACACAAAGCUUCUCCACGAAAAGAGAGGAGCAAGAGCAAGAGCCGAACACCGGAACGAAUGAGGGUUUCUCCAAGAAGGAAGAGAAGUAGGGGCCGGAGUUCUACCCUUGAGGAGGAAGGGACUAGGAAGCAUCAUAGGGACAGGUUGCCUGUUCGGGGAGAACUGCGUAAGUCUUUGAACAUGAGUCCGGUGAGAACAUUAGCAAAGUUAAUGGAACUGAUAAAGCAGCAUUCCAGGAACGAAGACGACAUAUUCCGGGAAGACGGCAAGUUCCCAGAAUCCAACGGGAUUGAAAAGAUCAGGGGUAACCAAAAGGUAGCUCAACAGUGCUUGGUCUCCAUCGUAAAGAAAAUCCAGAAUGCCCACCAUGUCCAUACAGUGGAAGCCCCGGAUCAACCGACUAUCGAGGAUGUCGGAAAGGACCCAACAAAGAGGGUAAUUGAGGGUUUGAAGAAAAUACAGAUCAACAAAACUGAUCCAUAA